AUGUUAAAAGAGAAUGUGCUGGAUAAAGAAAAUUGGAAAGUAGAAGCACAACAUGUGAUCAAUGAUAUCAAACAACAUGUUAGUUCAAUAUCUAUAUCGACAGAAAAACCCAGUUCAAAUCAGCAAAUUUAUUUAAAUAUUAAAACCUUGGAAAACAAAGACUUUUGUGUAGAGUUGUCCAGUUUAGGAUUCAAAAUAGUUGGAGAAUGUUUUGAUAAUGAUAAUAUAGAAACAACCCAAUAUUAUGAGACUCCAUAUAGUUUAUUAUUAUCAAUAAGUGAUGAAUAUAAACAUUCCUUUGGAAAUGAAUUGAUAGAUAAGCUCAGUGAUAUUAGCUCACAAUGUAGAAAUUAA